CGAAGGACUGCGUGGAAAAUACGCCGGCUGUUUAGUUCGAACAUGUGUUUUUGAGCCAACAUGUCUAUUCUUCUUUUAGUUAAAUAUCGACGUUGAUUCAUCGCAGCCAUGUCGACCAAUCACAGGUAGCGUUGCGGUGUUAAUGCCCGCACACGUCGCAGGAUGUUGGUCGGCUACAGCAGCAGCUCGGAGGAGGAAAGCGAGGCGGCGACUGACCGAAACAAAAGUGUUUCUCGAAAGUGUCAAGAGGAAGAUGGUGGCGACAACUUCAGCUCAGCGAGGAAGAAACCCCGAAUUGAGGAACAACAGGUUGCUAAAAAAAGGCUGCCUGUUCCUGGGUGCCUGUUGGCCAUGUUUCCAGAGGAUGAGAGCUCACAGACCGAAGAAAGCUCUCUUCAUGGUGGACGACUCCGCUCCUUCAAACACGAGCAAGGCAACUGGGCCACCUAUGUCUAUUUGCCAUACCACCCUGAGGAUGAGUUUGGGGAGCUGUUGGAGGAGCUGCUCUCAUUAGCCGGGGCCAUCGGUGCGGUUUGGACCCCGCAGGAGGAGUUCCACCUCAGCCUGUCUCAGACGGUGGUGCUCAGACAUCACUGGAUCCAGCCCUUCAACCAGAGCCUCAGGGCAGGCCUGGUGCACUGCAAGAGGUUUGUGUGCUUGGCCGGGAGACUGAAGGUCUAUUGUAACGCUGAGAGGACGAGGACAUUUCUGGGGAUGGAAGUGUGUACUGGGCAUGCUCAACUGUUGGACCUGGUCCAAGCAGUGGACAGAACAAUGACGGAGUUUCGCCUGGAGACUUUCUAUCAGGAUCCAUCUUUCCACGUGAGUCUGGCCUGGUGUGUCGGGGACCUGACCGGCCAGAUGGGGGAGUGCAUUCAGGGGAUGCAGAGUCUGAUUGAUGACCAUGAAGAAGGACCAUUUCUGCUGAGGUUGGACUGCGUGGAGCUGCGCUGCAGGACGGGAAACAAGACCUUCCACUUCCCUGUGAAAGACUAAAAUGUGACACGUGAAACCCUGAUCACUCGUCCUUUACCACCGUGGGAAAGUUUGUGGUUUACAGCACACACGCUGGAAACAAAGAAAAUCAGUGUAAAAAAAUAUUGUAUUUUAUUACUGUAUAUAAAGUUGCAAAUGGUUUUCUACUUGUGAUCGGGGCAAUACUAAUGCUGUGUGAUCAGUGUUCAUAAAGGUUGUUAUUUUUAUGUGAUGGUAAAUGCAAAAGCCUCCAACAGGAAGUUGUGGACGUUAAAAUCGGUAUUAAAACGUCGCAGAGGGGCUCAAUUCUUUUACCUCGCUGGUAUUAAUACAGAAGAGGGAAAUGGUCACGUCAGUAAAGAUGACUUGCGUUUAAUCUCAAGACUGAUGUCCUCGAUGUCUUUAAGUGUGAAAAGCUAACGAGAUGGAUUUACUGCAACAAACUAAAAGACGGUAAUGACCAAAAUGUAACAUUUUGCUAUAUAGAAGGCCGCACAUGUACAAUCACUCCUGGCAGAGAUUCUGACGACAUGUUUACAAAGACAAGGAGUCGAGUUCAAACCUUAAAACUCUGAAGUAAGAUUUAUACCAUAAAACAAAACGUCCCCUCAUUUGUGUCUGAAAAUGCAGUGCUUCAGGGCACACGUUUCCUGGCUUUUUAAUAAUAAUUUAACAUGAGAACUUGGAUUACUUACAAAUGAAGCUAGAGCUUAAGUUGACCAUACUCUUGCAAGCCCAUCUGAUUUCUCAUACAUCUGCCAAUCACUUUUCACACAUGCUCACUCAUUCGCUUGCUGUCAUUGUAUUGGGAUGUCAAUCACCACACCAGCUCUUUAAAUCAGCUGGGCUCCUAUCCAAUAAGAACAAGGAAACAAUUACAUGGUCGGCCAAUCAUCUUGCUACUGUCUUUGCAGAUCCAUCACCACCAGGUCUGGACUUUACGGGGGGGGGGGGCUCUCUCGUUGCUGAUCGGGGCAGUCAGCCCUCAAUUACAAAUCUCCCUGUAGAGUCCAAGUGCCAAAGACUGAGACGUUAUCAUCACAUAAUCUAAUAAACAUUAUCCUUUCUUUA